UGUACAUUUUGCCACUUUCCAAGACAUUGCAACGCGUAGACAAAUAUAACACAGAAGAUAAAAUAAUAUCUUUAUGAAUAAAUAAAUAUUUGGUAGCUGGUUUUUGAAAUAGAGAAUUUCAUUUCGCAAAAGUUUACUUAACGUAACUGCAGUCGUUAGCGUAGAAAUUAAGAUAAUAUGUAAUAAAAAGUAGCGUACAAAUUAGAACGAUUUAUAAAAAGUGUUCCAGUUGUUUUCUGUUGUGAUUUUUUCCAAAAAUUUUGAGUUAGGAUGAGCAGUGAGGAGAGGAUACCUCUUUUUCCAAAAAAUGGACUACAAAAUGGCGAAAAUUCGAAUGGAAGUUCUUCAGCUUCGGGAGAAGAACUCACUACCUUUAGAAUCCCAGUUUACGGUACGGCUAUAGAUCAAAGAGGAGUUCCAUCUAAAUCCAUACCACCUGAAGAAAGAAUUACAUAUUCUUGGAACUCAAUAAACGUGUUUGCCGAUACCAACGUACCCAAAAGUGAAAACUAUUGCUGCUGGUGUUGCAGACAGGAUGAACAAAAUAACCAACAAAAGAAACAUUUAUUGAAAAAUGUUAGCGGUAUUGCCAGACCAGGGGAAUUACUGGCAAUUUUAGGCUCAAGUGGAGCGGGCAAGACAACACUGCUUAACGCUCUGACGUUUCGUUCUAGUAAAAAUAUCACAAUUACUGGGACAAGAUGUGUUAAUGGUACUCCUGUGAAUUCGACUGCUUUGGCUAGUCGCUCAGCGUAUGUUCAACAGACUGAUAUGUUUAUUGGGACACUCACUGUCAAAGAACACUUGAUAUUUCAGGCACUGGUUAGAAUGGAUAAACAUUUUACUUAUGAACAACGAAUGCAAAGGGUGGAAGAAGUAAUAUCGGAGAUGUCGUUAAACAAAUGCGAGAACACCUGUAUAGGAAUCCCUGGUCGACUCAAAGGUUUAUCAGGGGGUGAACAGAAAAGACUGUCAUUUGGUUCUGAGGUACUCACUAACCCUUCGUUAAUGUUCUGCGAUGAACCAACGUCAGGGUUAGAUUCAUUUAUGGCAAUGAACGUUGUUCAAAUUCUGAAACAGAUGGCUUUUGCUGGUAAAACGGUGAUUUGCACAAUACAUCAACCAUCGUCUGAGUUAUACGCCAUGUUUGACAAAUUGCUGUUGAUGGCCGAAGGAAGAAUAGCAUUUUUAGGAACGCCAGAAGAAGCAGAUAUAUUUUUCAGGGAAUUAGAAGCACCUUGUCCGAAGAAUUAUAACCCAGCGGAUUAUUUUAUACAGUUGUUGGCAAUUGUACCCGAGAAUGAAGAGUCUUGCAAACACGCUGUGAAUAUGAUUUGUGACAAAUAUGAGAGGUCAGAAACUGGAAUGAGCGUUACUUUAGAAUCUAGUACUAAGAUAGGCGAGUUUUUAAAAAACACCGAGACGGAAAUAUGGCAGAACGGCAUCGGUGGAAUCGACAGCGGAAACAGAAGUCCUUACAGGGCGUCGUGGUGCGCGCAGUUCAGAGCCGUUUUAUGGAGAUCGUGGCUGAGUAUCUUGAAGGAGCCACUUUUGGUUAGAGUUCGCUUAUUGCAAACAAUCUUGGUGUCUUUAAUAUUGGGAUCUAUUUACUAUGGCCAGAUCGUAAACCAGGAUGGCGUUAUGAACAUAAACGGCGUGCUGUUCAUUUUUCUCACCAGCAUGACGUUUCAAAACGUUUUUGCCGUUAUAAGUGUAUUUUCAGCAGAACUACCUCUAUUUCUACGCGAGCACAAGAACGGAAUGUACCGAACCGAAGUAUAUUUUCUGGGUAAAACCAUAGCAGAAAUUCCGUUUUUCGUAUUUUUACCGAUAGUUUUUCUGUCGAUAUGUUACUUCCUCAUUGGUUUAAACAGCGAGACUCCCAGGUUUUUCAUAGCAUGUGGUAUAGUGGUUUUGGUUGCAAAUGCAGCGACUAGUUUUGGCUACUUAAUAUCCAGUAUUUCAUCCACUGUAUCCAUGGCCCUAUCCAUUGGACCACCUCUGAUAAUGCCCUUCUUGCUGUUUGGAGGAUUUUUCUUGAAUAUCGAUUCCAUACCUGUCUAUUUCGAGUGGCUGUCGUAUUUUUCUUGGUUUAAAUAUGGCAACGAGGCCUUAAUGGUCAACCAAUGGGAGAAUGUUACCGGAAUCCAAUGUAAUUCUAAUAGUACAAAUUGUCCGAAAGACGGACAUGUAGUUUUGGAAAUUUAUAAUUUUAAGGAGGCUAAUCUUAUUCCUGAUUUGGUUUCUCUGUUUGGAUUGAUAGUGAUUUUUCGAAUGAUUGCUUAUUUGGUACUUUUGUGGAAGACUUAUAAAGAUAAGUCUAAAAUAGAGGAAGAUUGGAUAGUACUGAUGCUUCAGUUAAAGGAAAUGGAGUUAUCUAGCAGUACUGAACAAUUGGUACCAUUGCGUACUUCUGUUGCUGGAACUUCAGAAAAUAAUGAAGACUCUGAGAUAGAAACUAGUGGAUAUUUUACCACCAAAUGUAGAAGUUACUCUAAAUGGUCACCUAUGAAAGAAGGAGUAACUUUGGCUUGGAACGAUUUAACAGUUUCUGCAAAAACUAAAUAUAAUGGAACGCCUGGAUUCAAAAGAAUUAUAAAUUGUGUUACAGGAGCCUUGAAACCAGGUAGUCUUGCAGCACUUAUGGGAGCCAGCGGGGCUGGAAAGAGCACCUUAAUGACUGCAUUGGCUUAUAGACAAACAGGUGACUUGCAAGUAGAUGGAGAUAUACUAAUCAAUGGAAGACCAAUUGGAAGUUACAUGAAGUACAUGAGUGGAUACAUGCCGCAAGAGGAUAUAUUCGUUCCAUCAUUGACUGUUCUGGAGCACAUGGUUGUAAUGGCAAAUUUGAAACUGGAUAGAAGAACUAGUUCAUGUGAGAAGAAUAGGAAAAUCAAAGAUAUCUUGAAACAGCUAGGUCUGACGAAGUGUAUGCAUACGAAAAUUGGAGCUGUUGGACAAAGUAAAACUUUGUCUGGUGGAGAGAUGAAACGAUUAGCUUUUGCUACUGAGUUAUUGAAUGAUCCUCCUAUUCUAUUCUGCGACGAGCCAACCACAGGGCUGGACUCAUAUUCAGCACAAAAAUUAGUCAGAAUUAUGAGUCGCAUGUCCACAAUGGGAAAAACUAUUUUAUGUACCAUACAUCAACCAUCUUCAGAAGUAUUUGAGUUGUUCACUCAGCUGAUUUUGGUAACUGAAGGAAGGAUAGCAUAUAUGGGUGGAAGAUCAACAGCAACUGAAUUUUUUGAAAAUAUGGGAUUUGCUUGUCCUUCAUCAUACAGUCCGGCAGAUUUUUUUAUUAAAACAUUAGCGACUCCAGGAUAUGAAACAAACAGUAAAAUGGCUGUUAAAAGGAUAUGUGACCAUUUUGCUGUCAGUGAUUUUGCAAAAGAAGUGGACGUUGUGGUGCAGUAUGAGUUUCAUAUGGGUAGAGCUGGUAUAAUUCUAAAAAGAGUUAAUUAUUUCUAUUUUAGUAAGGAACCAUUUUGGUGGCAAAAAUUGUACUGGCUUACUUAUAGAUGGUGGAAAGAAGUUCUUAGAGAUCCUUCCGUACAACGUAUGAGAAUAUUACAGAGAGUGAUAAUUGCUCUCAUAGUGGGAUUAGUUUAUUAUGGUAUAGACCCGCUAACCCAAAGAGGUGUUCAAGCAGUGCAAGGCUGUAUUUUUAUUUUUGUCGCUGAGAAUACCUUCUACCCUAUGUAUUCCGUACUGGCAGCAUUUCCAGAAAACACGCCCUUAUUUUUAAGAGAACACCGAAGCGGUUUGUAUCACCCUGCAACAUAUUACAUAUCAAGAAUAAUAGCUCUGCUUCCCGGAUUCAUAAUCGAGCCCCUCCUCUUCGUGUUGAUCGCUUAUUGGAUAUCGGGAUUGCGCCGGACUUCCUAUGCAUUUUUCAUGACGUCCCUAAUUGCUACGCUCACUACGAACGUGGCCUCGGCCUGUGGUAUAAUGUUUUCGAAUGCUUUUGAGUCGGUGCCAAGGGCCAUGGCUUAUUUAGUACCUUUCGAUUAUGUGCUGAUGGUAACGUCUGGACUUUUCGUUAAGAGAGGGACUAUCCCCGUUUUAAUGUCUUGGACAAGAUAUCUGUCUUGGUUGAUGUAUUCCACAGAAUCCUUAAGCAUUUUGCAAUGGAAAGGAGUUAGAAAUAUUAGUUGCGAGACGCGCCAAGACGGCACUCUGCCCUGCCUGACCGACGGCCCAUCAGUCCUGGACAAGUACUCUUUUUCCGAGGCUAAUCUCGGCUGCGACGUAUGGAACAUGAUUUUUCUGCUGAUCGCCUUCCAUUCGCUCGGCUAUUUGUGCUUGUGGUGGAAAACCAGGAGGAGAUAAGGAGUCUAGGGCAGAGAAAAAUUCUCCCAUUUUCGAAAUCCGGCCAUUUUUUUCGGUAUCGGUGAUUUUGGGGGGAAAGGUUAAAGGUGUGGCUUAUUGGAGGAAAUGAAUUGGAUUAUGGGGUGUUUUAUUAGAAAAAAUGUUUGUUAGAUUAAAAAAAAAUUAUUGGAGGUCACGAAAUACUGUUAGUGAUAUUUAA